GUGACUAUGAAUUGCUAAACUUUAAACGACUGUCAAUACCGAAGUAGCUUUGUAAAGUUUUAAUGCUGGUUAUUUAAAUUUACGAUUUUCCUCCUGACAUAACAUUGACACGGUGACAUUAAAAAUCGAAAGGAAUUCUUAAACAAUGGCCUCCCUUUUAUUCUGUGGCCCGAAAUUGGCUGCGUGUGGCUUGGUCUUGAGCAUUUGGGGUGUCAUAAUGCUGGCAAUGUUGGGGAUCUUUUUCACCACUCAUUCAGCAGUACUGAUCGAAGAUGUGCCCAUCACAGAGGAAGACAUGCACAAUCAGGCCAACCCCCUACAAGCUGUCUACGGCCUCUACGACCAAGUUGGCUACAACUGCUUCAUUGCAGCAGCGAUCUAUGUAGCUGUUGGGUUGCUGUCCUUCUGCCAGAUACGACUGAAUAAGCGCAAAGAGUACUUGGUGCAUUAGCGACAUCAUGUGGACAAAACAUGAUCCUACAUGGCCUUAUAUACAAAGUGACCUUAAUAGAAUUUCCUCAUUGCUGGGUCCACAUUGAAAGGUUUGCCUUGUGUGUAAAUAAAGUGUUGUAUUAUCUUACAUCGGCAAUGAUAACGUAUUGUAAAGUUCCAGAGAGCUCCAUCAGACUCAGCAGUUAAGUAACGUAUUUUUUCUCUUCGUUUGUUGUUAAUUGCUUCCUACUGCAAGCCUUAAGCACUAAUCAGUGGCCUUUUUACCUUUAACAAAUGUUUUAACAUUGGCCUUUGUGAAAUAUGUAUAUUCCUGGGGGUUUUUUUGUGAUUUUUUUGAUUAAUGUAGAGUGCCUUAUUAGAUUGGAUUGAGUUUUCCUGCCAGGUUUGUCAUGAUUUAUCGUCUACCUCUGAUGCCAAAUUGUGUGUUUAAGGACUUUAAAACAAUUCCAUUUGCCUUGAUUAAUGCUGUUGUUAUUGUGCAAUGAAUACUGGUCGGGAAAAUCAGGAGAGCGUCUGUGGUGCUUUUGUUCACAGUUAUUUAUCUUUUAUUU